CUGCUUUGGCCAUAUGAGCUGGUCUUCUUCUUGUUUAUUUGUUGCAUGCAUCUGGCGAUCUGCUUUACUUUCAGCUGCACGCUCUUUCUGUCGUGACACGGAUUUUCUUUGAUUGUUGUGUCGCUCAUUUCGAACCAAGAGGGUGACCUUUCCAGCAAGACUCCCUAUCCUUCGCAAGGAGGACGAGGACCAACUACGAAACACCGGCCCUGCAUCGCAUGGAUAUGAGAUGGCGCCUCUAAAUGCAGCUGCUCGACCGAGAGGCCGACCGGGGCGACCGCCGCGCAAACACUCGAGACUCUUGCUGAAAGGACCACGCGGCUCCGACGCUGAGGCCGGCGAAGGCCCGCCCCCGAAAAGGCGAAAGUACGUCCCUGGCGGGCCUGGGGGCGGUGGUAGGUAUAUCGAAAUCGACGAGGAGGAACCGGUGGUCAAGUCGCCUGCCCCCGUGCGCAACAUCUCCGCCACCCGUAGUCGUUCUGCGCCAGAGAACGGCACACAACCGGUCGAAUCCCCUGCGCCGCCUCCGCCCCCGCCUGCGGCGCUGCCGCCAGCGACACCACCAUCGGUCCGUCCCCGUAGGGACAAAAGCCAGACUCGAGGCCGCUACCCGUCUUCUACGGCUGCUGCUCUCGCCCUGCAGCAGGGGGAUGGAUAUAAACCCCGGGAGGAGCGGGGAUGGGAAGAGUUUCAUCCAGACCUUGAUAUUGAGGCCAAGUUUGCGGUUUUCACCGCCGAAGAGGUAGACGGCGCAAAUGGUUCGGCGAAAACCCUGGCGGGGGGCUUGCCGAACGGUGCCCUGACGAGCGGUCUUCCGGGAUCCCCUAUGCCUGGUCUAGGACCGGUUAGCCCUCAGGUUCUGUCGCCUACGCCCAUCAAGCGUCGACCUGGACGGCCGCCUCGCCGGCCAGAUGCCCUGAUAUACAACCUGCUUACACCGGAUCAACCCAAGGUUGUCCCGCCACCCGGUCCGAACCCGCGCGAGAAGUUGACGCUGCCAAAACCCUCCUUUCAGCUGCGGGAUCCCUUUGUACCAUACGAACAGAAAGGCCUCGGCCAGCGCAACUACGUUGAUCGUACAAUGGCUAGUGUUGGAUACCAGGAGAGUGAUAUGUUCGUCCGUCAUGAGCGUAGGCUCAUCCGAAUGAGCGAUGGCUUGCAGGAUGACGACGUGGAUCUUACACAUGCAGCCCCCUCUGACGGCGAUGUCAACGCUGCGGUUGGCAGAGUAGAGUAUGAUAUGGAUGAGCAGGACGAGCAGUGGCUCGAGGAUUACAAUGCAAAAAGAAGAGAGGACCAACUCGAGCCUAUUAAGCCGGCGAUCUUCGAAAUAACCAUGACCAAGAUCGAGAAGGAGUGGCAUGUGCUUGAAAAACGCAUUCCAAAACCCAACCCCAAGCCACCGCAGACUCAGCGUCCGCGUUCCAGUUCUGCCGCUGCUGUCAACGGAGAGAUCACAGGACCCGGAGAAGAGCAGGAUAGCAAAUGCGCGAUUUGCGAUGAUGGCGACUGUGAGAACUCCAAUGCGAUUGUCUUCUGUGACGGCUGCGAUCUGGCUGUUCACCAAGAAUGCUACGGCGUACCAUUUAUUCCCGAAGGCCAGUGGCUCUGUCGGAAAUGCCAGCUGAUCGGACGAGGAAAUAUCAACUGUAUCUUCUGUCCGAACACCGAGGGUGCAUUCAAACAAACCACCACUUCAAAGUGGUCGCAUCUCCUAUGUGCCAUCUGGAUUCCCGAGGUGUCCCUUGGUAACCCUUCCCUGAUGGAGCCGGUCACAGAUGUCGAAAAGGUUCCGCGAAGCCGUUGGAAACUGCAGUGCUAUAUCUGUCGACAGAGAAUGGGUGCGUCAAUCCAAUGCAGCAACAAGAACUGCUUCGUUGCGUUCCAUGUCACCUGCGCUCGGCGGGCACAGCUGUACCUAAAGAUGAAGCCCGGCCAUGGCAGUUCCGCCGUCAUGGAUUCCCAUCUUCUCAAAGCUUUUUGUGACAAACACGUCCCUCCCGAAUGGCGCCGGGAGCAUGGUACCGACGCAGCCACGGCCGAUGCAAUCGAGUAUUAUCGCAACACGAUGCAAGGCAGACGCUGGGGCGACAGUCAGGCAGCGGCCCUGUCACUGGAGCCGUCACAUCCAAUGGACGGUGAACAUACCCACGACGACGAGGGAGGGCCCCGGACACACACCCCUCGAAUUACUCUUACCGUGGGCGGAAGCAAACGCAAGCGUUUGAAUAUACCCCGGACAAUAUGGAAACUCCCUUCGGGCGCCCCAGUUAUCCCACAUGUCGUUUUGAAUUCUGUCGUCGCCUCGCUUCAGCGUUUCAGCGUGCGUCAGAGGAAACAGUACGCGGAAGACGCGUGCAAGUACUGGACAUUGAAGCGAGAAGCACGACGCGGGGCGGCACUGCUGAAGAGACUGCAACUACAACUUGAGACCUUUUCGUCCAUGGAAAUGACUAGGAGGGACUACACAGCCAUGGGCGCCACCGGGGGUAAGCGCCUGCAGCGCCGCAUCGAGUUUGGCGAGAGGCUCUAUCGAGACCUGGAUCGGCUGAGGAUGCUGUGCGACGAAGUUAAGAAACGGGAGCGUGAGAAACUGAAGGACGCGGAAAUGCUUCGCAACAUCGUUGAUCUUGUCUACUUCCCUCUUCCUCCCCUUCUUUGGCCCAUUUUCGAGAAAGCCCAAGGGCUCGAUGGAAAAGGUUUCUUCCGAGGCGGAUUUGCAUCCAUACGCACCAAACUGCAGGAGAGAAACUACACUUCUGUUGCGGCCUUCUCUGCGGAUCUGGCCGCUGUUUUCACGUCAGAAAUUGGCGUCCAGCCUGCUGGAGACACUGCCGAACUCCAGAUGCAGAUCAGUGGGCGGGAUCCCGAGUUGAAUUCGGAGCAACGCGAGAAGAGAAAGAUGGCGAAACGGAUCAUCAAGGCGAUCCAACCUGCGCUGGAAGAUGCAAUUCGGAGCGAGAGCGAGCUCAACCGCCGGCCCUUCGAGAAGGAACUCAAAGAACUAGACGUCAUUCUGGAAAACAGCGUGCUUUCCAGGCGUGGCUCGCUGGUGGAAUCGGCUGACGUCGCCGAGAACACAGAGCCACAAGAUCUUGCGGCUCCCUCUACGCUAUCUGAUAAUGUCGCAGAUCUUUUGGCCAAGUCGGAGCCCACGCCUGGGCCGGAAAUGCCUACCCAUAUUGCCACACCGGCGGCCGCAGAGGAGGAGAAAGAGAAGGAGGCUGACCAUCUUGCCACUGCCGAAGAGCCCUCUGCCUCUGCUCCCACCGACGAAACCCUCAUUUCGGCAGCGGAGACAAAAUUCACCGAUCAUCUCACUACUGCUGUCAUGUCGACGUCCGAUUCGGGGGUGGCCAUCAACGGGGAACUCAAACCGGACCACGACACCACGAACCCGCAACCGCCAGUCCAGCUGCCGGCGGCCCAGAAGGCCCCCCCGACGCCCCCCCUGAGCUUCCAAGGCGACCAGCAGGCUCCGCUGGCCCAGGGAGGCAUUCAGUGGUACAUGCAGCCCUUCGACCCUGUGGGGACAACGAUCCACGAGGAACGAUGGACAGGACGGGACGUCAUGCGCGGAAUGAGCGAGGAGCUCAGCGAGCUGGACGAAGAAGAGCUAGAGGAUCUCGUGGGUGACCACAAACCCCCUGCUGGGACUGCCACUGCCAACGCGACCGGCGACGAACCCUCACCCGCCGAACCGCCCGUUGCGGCUGACCCCGAGGUGAAGGUCCAUCGGACACGACGGCGAUGGCGUGGAUUCAAAUAAACGUCAUCUUCAUUAUUAUUUACUUCAUUCUCUUCCUCUUCCCUUCCACCUGCCCUUUUUCCCCCCUCCUCCCUCAAUUCAAUCAGGGACAUUGCGCAUGACUUUAGACGAGGCGUUUCUUUGUUUUUUUUUGUCUUUGCUUUCACUGCGGAGCUGCCUUUUUUUUUUUUUUUUUUUUUUUUUUUUCUUUUCUUUUC